AUGAACGGUUUACAAAUUGAACUCCCACCUGGCAACGAAUUUGUUGCCUCUCCACAACAUCAACCAUCUCAACCGCCAGACGAAGGCGACAUCUGCAGUGCCUACAAGUUCAAGGUCGAUAACUGGAAUUCGUUCACUCAGAAGCAGAUAUCCGCUGCGCAGUGCGCCACAGCAAUCAAGUACGAAGCGCGCAUCGUAGCUCAGGCCACUGCAUCAGUGGGCAGUGCGCCACCCUGGCUGGCACAAGUCCUGGCCCAGGCGUUGCAACCCAUCCAGAAUGAGAUCCAAGGUCUUCGAAAUGAUAUGACUACUCUUCGAAAUGAUAUGACUGGCCGCUUUAAUACAAUCGAGAAUAAAUUCGCAGACCUGUCACUUCGUCAAGCUGAUGUGCAGCGCGUUGCUUCCAAGCUUUGGAAUCAGAAGAUGAACUUAGGCGUUGGGGACACCUUUCAAGAAGUUCCCUUCAUUGAUGGAACCUCACCUACACGAAAUCACGACCUUCCACUCCUCUCCUCCGUGCAAAAGGUUCAGGACUUGAACCGCGAUCUCUCCCGCAGAUAUCACCAGGGAUACUUCCCCGGUGAACCUGUGCCCGCGCCCGCGCCCCGUGUGCAAGCAAUUCUAGAGGCUAUAGGUGUCUUUGAGUACAGCCCUGAGUAGUUUCCUUCCUUCGCUUUGUCGCACAUCUGCUACCGCAUCUUGUACAUACUGCUCUCGAUGAUGUCUCGUGAAUUCCAAAAAUCUGUGAU